AUGAAGGCCGUCCAGACCCUGCUGCUCGCCCUCGCGGGUACUGCUCUCGCUGCCCCUGUUGAGGCCCCCUCCUCGCAGCUCGACCCCGACUUCCCCCUCGCCGAGCUCGAGGCCUACUAUGCCUCCAAGUUUGAGGAGACCUCGCCCGCCACCCCUCUCGCGGCACGCCAGUACUCCGCCAGCGUCUCGAACCAGCUGACGGACGGAACCCCCUGCCGCGCCGUGACGCUCAUCUACGCCCGCGGCACCACCCAGCAGGGCAACAUCGGCGAUCCCGCCGCCGUCGGUCCCCUGACCUUCAACAACCUUGCGCGCCUCAUCGGAACGGCCAACCUCGCCGUCCAGGGCGUGACCUACCCCGCCAACGUCGCCGGUUUCCUGGCCGGCGGCGACGCCGCUGGCAGCCGCACCAUGGCCCAGCUCACUGCCCGCGCCGUGACGCAGUGCCCCAACACCAAGAUCGUCCUCAGCGGCUACAGCCAGGGGGCGCAGGUCGUCCACAACGCUGCCGGUCAACUGACCGCCGCCCAGACCAACAGGGUCACCGCCGGUAUGCUGUUCCCUUUUUUCUCUCAUACAAUGAUGCGGCCCAGUCAGGAUUUCAUCAAGCUGACAAGACUAGUCCUCACCUUUGGCGACCCCAAGCGCAACCAGCCGUUCGGCACCAUCCCCGCCUCGCGCACGCGGGUCAUCUGCCGCACCGGGGACAACAUCUGCGAGGGCGGCUUCACCAUCACCCCUGCCCACACGCAGUACCAGCAGGACGCGCCCGCCGCGGCUUCUUGGAUCGCGGCCAGGGUUCGCUAG